AUGAGUGGCGACGAUGUGCUCACUCAGAAUCGAAGGAAUCUCAUGUGGAUCAAUGAAGACCCACAGUAUACGGAAUUCAUACCGGUCGGAGCAAAACCGUACACUCUGUUCAAAUCCAUCUACACGAAUAACACUAACAGACCUCAGGAGUACUCAUUUAAAACGGAACGAACGACCGAGUCACUUUGUUCGAUUAGUCGAGAGCAGGGCUAUUCGAUGGGAGCCGAAGCUGAGCUGACCCUGAAGACUCCA